UGGAGCCAAGGGAACGGUUCUGAGUCAUGAAACCUACUCUGCAAUCUCUCAAACAAGACUUUCCAUGGAACCAAAUCGCAUCCCAACUCUCGCCUGACUCAGUCCCAAAUCACCCACUACCACAUCACCAUGCUCAAAGGCAAAAAGCUCAAGCUUCCCGAUCGACUCGGCAGUUUAGUCGCCGGAUUCGAAGACAAGGAUGAAGAUAGCGGAGGAUCCGGCUCGGUUUGCGAGUUGGGUGAAGAGCUCGAGAUUCUUCAACCAACCGGAUUCAGGUCCGAUCGUGAAAGUGAAACUGAUGAUGAUCAUGAUCAUAAUGAAGUUCAAGAAGAGGAGCCGAUGGUGAAGAGGAAGAUGAAAGCGGAUGCAGAAUUGGAACAUAACGGGCGUCAACCGAGGCACGAAAAAGACGGGUCGAGUCACAUUUCGGUUAUCAAAACUAUUGAAGCUGAUGAGAAAAGGUCUGAUAUUGAGUACGAGAUUUCUCAGAAGGAGAUAAAUUUGGAAAAACUCCAAAGAAUUGCUAGCACUGGGAUUCCCGAAGGAGGAAAUUUGCGUGCAACUGUUUGGAAACUGAUACUGGGUUACUUACCUCCAUCUCGGGACUUAUGGGAAAAAGAGCUGAGUGAAAAUCGGAAAAAAUAUGCUAAGUUGAAAGAAGAGCUUCUUUUGACUCCUUCAGAACUUGCAAGGAUGAAAGAAGAAGCAUUUCAGUCUAAUGAGCAUAAUAAUGCUCAUAGUGAUACUGCUGGACCACUUAUACGGCACGAAAUUUCUCAUGAAGAUCACCCUUUGAGCCUUGGUAAGGCUAGUGUUUGGCAUCAAUACUUUGAGCAUACGGAAAUCGCAGAACAGAUCGACCGUGAUUUGCAACGCACACAUCCUGAAAUGAAAUUCUUCUCAGGAGAAUCAUCAUUCGGCAGGAAACACAGGGAAUCAAUGAGGAAUGUUCUUCUCCUAUUUUCGAAACUCAAUCCCGCCAUCCGUUAUGUCCAAGGCAUGAAUGAGGUCUUGGCACCAUUAUACUAUGUAUUUAGCACUGAUACAGAUGAGAAGAAUGCAUCGAAUGCAGAAGCAGACAGCUUUUCAUGUUUUGUCCUACUCUUGAGUGACUCGGUGGAUCAUUUCUGUCAACAAUUAGAUAAUAGUUCUGUGGGCAUCCUUUCUACUCUUUCUCGCUUGUCAGACUUACUGAAAGCCAAUGAUGAGGAACUAUGGCGACAUCUUGAAUUCACUUCUAAGGUUAAGCCUCAAUACUACGGAUUCCGGUGGAUAACUUUACUACUUACUCAAGAAUUCAAUCUCCAAUCUAUCUUAAGAAUCUGGGAUUCUCUUAUAAGUAGUCCUUUCGGCAUCCAGGAAAUGCUUCUACGUGUAUGCUGUGCCAUGUUGUUGUGUGUGAAAAGCAGGCUAUUGAGUGGUGAUUUUGCAGCUAACUUAAAGCUAUUACAACACUACCCUGAAAUCAAUAUAGAGCACCUUCUGCAAGUAGCCCAGGAUCUUACUCCAGACACCUCUUACUAUCGUAUGUCUUCGUAAAUUCAUACCUCAUCCACUUUUGUAGACAAAAACGUAUCUCUUUGACACGGUUUGCAAUAUUACUGUGAUUCCCUCUAA